AUGAACCAAACCUUGACUCUCGUCGCCGAGCCGCGCAAGGCAAUCGGGAAGCGAUGCGGGACAUGCAUUGACCGCAAACUGCGAUGCGAUCGCACAGUUCCAUCCUGUUCCACCUGCAUCCGCUCCGGGCGGAAAUGCCAAGGCUAUGCGCUUAGGCUCUCGUGGCCAAGGGACGACGAUCGUAAACGACUCAUCAUCGGACCGAGGCCGGGAAUUGACCGCCCUAAGCGCAAGGCAGGUUAUCUCUCCGUGCACGCGACGUCGCGGGACCUCGAGAUGUACUACCAUCAAGGCACGCUUAAGCUGCACGUCGAUGUACCUAGCCCGCCAUUGAACCAAUUGACAUUGCCGUCAACCCCGUUCCGUCUGACCCUCCGGCAAAAGGAGCUCCUUCAGUACUCUCUCGUGGAUAGCUCGCAGGCGAGUAUAGCUGUAUUACACGCCAUGAUGGCACUGACGUCCCUAUCAAGAUUCGGACCCGGUAUCCAAGCCGACCAAUUCAAGCUCUUUGCGACACGCGCUCUUCUUGCUUCGUCCAACGAUGGCAUAUCUCCUGAUACGGCGCCACAGCACGUUGCAGCGGGCAUGCUGCUGAGUCACUAUGAGGCCGUGAACCUCCGCAACAGAAUAUCGAACCAGUGGCUAUGCGGAGUCCCCGUGUGCCGCACGGGCCGCACCUACAAGUCGGUGUUGUGUGAGUCUGUGCUAGCCCGGAACAUGUCGCUCGUUCUGUUGGAUCGCGCGGCAUCGGCUGUUCUGCCCCCGUCCAACCCUAAAAGCCAGUUUCUGGAAUACCGCGAAAACCUUGACGAGCUGGAGCGAGAGAUCCAGGCUGGUUGCCAUCUAAAUAUGGCCAAUUCGGAAAUUCCAUCUCCCGGGGUGUCGAGAAACGCAACCAUCAUGGACGAGCUGCACCGGCUAUGCGCCUUGAUAUAUCUUGCCCGCGUGUCGAACAAAUAUCCUAGAGGCUCUGCUAAGCUAGGCAGUUACGUCAGCCGAGGUUUCGCCCUCCUUGGAAGCCUGCCACAUUGCUGGCGGCUGCUGCCCUUGAUGGUGCUCGGAUUCGAGGCCCGCGAUGAUGACGAGAGGUCACUUGUUCUGCAGCUGAUCGGCAUUAGCGAAGAGACGUGUAACUUCAAAGGGAGACUACGCUAUAUUCGGGGAAUUUUGCAUGCCGUCUGGACGCAAGAGGAUCUGCAUGCGGAAGAGGGUACGCAGGUUGUCUACUCGGAGAUGCUCACUACCAUCAUGAGCGCUACGGGGUCAUGUUACCAUUUGCGCAUCGUUUCCAUUGGGGAGAUGGGCCUUGGCGUCGCCCGGCUCUUGAUUGCACAUGGCUACACCGUGCUUACUAACAUUAAUGGUCGGAGCCAGUACACCCGAGACCGCGCUGCGAGUGCAUCUAUCACACUACUCGAGAACGACGAGGAGUUGGCCUCACAGGCGGAUUAUAUACUCUCCAUUGUGCCGCCCCGGGAUGCCCUGGCCACGGCUCAGCGAUUCACCUCUGCGACUCGAGCUGACGAUGCCCAGCCAUUGUAUUAUCUCGACCUGAACGCCAUUAGCCCUAGUCUCGCCCGCGAUAUCAGCGCCCUAUUCGAGACUAAUGCUCCUAGUGUUGUAUUCGUCGACGGAGGUAUCAUUGGCGGGGCCCCGCGGCUUAUCGAGCAAGCAGGAGGUAGUGGCGAAGCUUCUACAUGGAAGCGCCCUUCCAUUCCAAUCUCCGGGCCUCGUCGAAUCCCCGAUGAGAAGCUAGCCGAGGUACUCAACACCGUCUAUCUGGGACCACAGAUUGGGAGUGCAAGUGGCUUAAAGUGCUGUUUCGCGGCGCUAUCCAAGGGUCUCAUUGCCCUUUCCGUCCUCUCCUUUAGUACCGCACAUUCCUUGGGGGUAUAUGAUGAACUCCAGCGCCACCUUGAGAAGUUUCAGCCCGCGAUACAAGCUAGCACGAGUCGGAUGAUCACCGACAUGCCGCCCAAGGCGGGUCGGUGGGUUCAGGAAAUGGUCGAGAUUGGGAGGUGCUUUGGGGAAGAAGGAGGCUGGGACCUAGCAAACGAUGGCGAGGGGGCUGAUGUAUUCCAACGUGUCGCUGAUGUAUAUAGCAUUUUGGCCCACGAAACGGUGCUCGGUCAGGAAAGGCAGGAGCACAGAGCUAGGGGUACGACAGCAGAAGACGUAGCGGCGGCUAUAUCGGAAGCGCUACAGGAUAAAAGAGGGGACGCUUCUUAG